AUGAUAAGACGUGAUAUGGCAAAUCAAGACCAAAGUAACAGGGCUGGAAGGAACUCUGGAGGGCUCUUUUCCAAAAUGAGAAGAAUCUUUUCAGGCGUUUCAAAGGCUGCUGACGAAACAAGGAAAAACCAACACACAAGGCCAGCUGGAAUCCUACAGGCAAACAAAUCGAUUGUCAGGCCUAACAUGUCAUUUAACGCCUCUGCACUUAAUGCUGCCAGCAAUCUAUCCACUUUAGAUAUGUCAAAUCUUUCCAACGCGUCCACCACAUUUACAAACCGUAACCCGAACGACACCCUCGCAGAGUUUUUCAAGAGAAAGGGCGAUCAGCCACUAACGGAAAUUGAGGUGGAAGGCGUUAUGUCUCUGAUCAACAAAACACAACGAGGAUCACAGUCGAUGUUCCCAAAUAGGACUACAUUUAUAUAUCCACAAAGCGGGAGAACAUCGGCAAACAACUCCACUCUUCUUCACGGAUACAAUCAGACGGUUAUUGGGGCAGAGAACGGAAACAAGACGAUUCUCAGGCCUAGCAAUUUGAAAGAACCAGUGCGAAUUCACACGCCAUCAUACAAACCAAAAAUCCAAACUAUUAGACGGCCACAUUUACAGAGGAUAGUCAGAUAUGGAAGACCACACAAUUCUGGAUUAUCCACCGGGAAAAGAUUUAGGUCACCGCUUGAGGAAUACCGAGAGCAACUAAAGGAGAAGAAAGAGCUAGAAAAAAAGAUUGCUGAGCGGAAAAAAAUUGAGCAGCACAAAUUGGAGCAAGAAAAAACAGGUCACAAAAACAAGAAACAGAAGAAGUAUAAUGGUGGAGUGAUAGAUCUCACACAUAUUGGAGAAGAAAGUGACGGCGAGGAGGAAGUUCAUACUGAAUUGCCGCAUAAGGUUGCACCUACUUUGAAGCAAGAAGAGCCUGCCUUUGAUAUUGAUAUUGAAAUGACAGAUGAAACAAAACCAGAUCAGAAAGUCAAGCAGCCAAUGAGUAAGACUGCUGCGCACUUGUUGUCUAUAAUAGAAGGAAAGCCAAAAACGGUAAAAAACGAACCUAAAGCAGAUGAAAAGGACAAGAUCAUACCGAAACCAAAAGCAUCUCCUGAAAAAGUGAUGAAGAAAGCUUCUUUUAUAGAUUUGUCUAAGGACCAAAGGUUAGAAAUACUUGAAAAGAAGGAACAGCCGGCUCCUAAGAAGGAGGAAAAGCAAAAGCAAGCUGUGCUUACGGGUUUUACUAUACACAAACCAGCAAAGGUAGCCACGGAUAUAGAGAAGCCUAAGAUAUCGAUUCCAGAGUUUAAGAAGCCACAGAAGAUAAAUGGUGUGGACACAGAGGAAGGCAAAAAGUUUGAUGGUUUCCACUUUGACUCAAAUGGCAGUUUUUCCAAGAAGCUAAUAAGUAACCUCAAGCAGGAUCUUAAGGAGGCAAAAAAGAGCGCAAACGGGAACGGUGAGGAGAAGAAGAGCUUUUCAAGUGCAUCAUUUGACUUCAAAGAGCCUGAAAAAGAGCAACCUGUGAGUUUUGCACCUAACAAGCAUAAUAAGUUUAACUUUGGUGGAAUUAAGACUGUGCCGAGUGAUUUGAAAGUGCAAGAGAAAAUAGACAGUUUUUCUUUUCCAGACGUGAGCUCAAGCAAUAGUCAUCUUUUGGAUGCAUUGGAGUCCCAGGAAACAUCAGAGUUGCCAUCUGUUGGAAAAACCAAAAAGAAAUUUGUUAGCAAUGUCCAUGAGACAAUAGAUUCGAUACCAGAGAAGAUUCCAAAACGAAAGGAGGUGGAAGGAUUUGUAUUCCCAACUGUGAGCAAGGGAAACGCUAGUCUCUUAUCACAAAUAGACGAGAAGACAGUUCAUCUAUACGACAGUGAAUUCAUCUUUUGA